AUGCAGGCAGCUUCCUCUCAUAUCUUGAGGAUCCAAGAGGAAGAAUCACAGUGGGGUGGUUCACAGCCCGGGCGCCAAUACAUCGCAAGAGAUCGAGAAGUUAUGGAUCGACGACUGAAAGCUCUAUACUUCACUUCGCCGUGCAGGUUCCGGGGCGAUGUAUUUCGCAGAAGGUACAGAAUGCGACCUCAUGUGUUUGACCAAAUGAUGCAUGAUGUCGCCAACCACGAUCCGUACUUCGUGCAAACUGAUGAUGCCUCCGGCAGAGUUGGUUUGUCUACCGAACAAAAGCUGACUUGUGCUAUGAGGAUGCUUGCUUAUGGGCUUUCGGCCGACCUGUGUGAUGAGUUUCUAGACGUAACUGAAUCUACAGCUUUGGAGAUCUUGUCGCACUUUACUAGAGCAAUCUGGAAUGUGUACCACGAUCAUUACCUUCGUCGACCAACUCCAGCAGAUUUGCAGCUGUUGCUCGAUGUUGCCGACAAAAGGGGGUUCCCCGGAGUAGUGGGAAGUCUUGAUUGUUCCCUUAAUGAUAUUAAUGUACUUGGAAUGUCUCCAUUAUUCAACGAAAUAUGCACAGGUGAGGCUCCUCGAGUUUCGUACCAUGUAGGUGAUAGAGAAUAUGGCCAACGCUACUACCUAGUCGAUGGGAUCUACCCUAAAUGGGGAUCUUUUGUGAAAGCAAUUAGAAAUCCAAUUACGCCAGAGCAAGCUCAUUUUACAAAGAUGCAGGAGUCAUACAGAAAAGACGUGGAGAGGGCUUUUGGCAUUUUCCAAGCUCGUUUUGCAAUAGUAAGAGGACCCGCCCGUGGAUGGGAUAGAGAGGAUCUCCAAUACAUCAUGAUGACCUGCAUUAUUUUGCACAACAUGAUUGUCGAUGAUGAGCGUGAAGAAGAUGAAGAGUUGUCUAUUGACCUCGAUGAUAUCCCCACCAGACCAAGGAAAGCACAAAUAUAUGAGAGGUAUGAGGAUGAUCAUGAGGUUGAGCGCAACCGUCCUGAACUUGAGGAGUUCAUGACCCGUUACCAAGGGGUUAGAUGUCCAAUUGUGCAUAAAGUCCUUCAAGGAUAUUUGGUUAAUCACCUCUGGAACAUGAAGCUGCAAGCAGAGCGGAACUGCAGAUGA